ACAUUAUUCAAUUCUUGUUCAGUUUCAGAAAACAGCGGCUAUUCGUCCGGGUACGAGAGCGAGGCUGCUACCGUUGAAGGCCAGUCCAUUGAAGAGGUCCAAGAAAGAGAGAGUACAGUGAGGAUUCACCGCAGAGCCCGCACCAAGUUUACUUCUGAACAGAUUUACAAACUGGAGAAAACCUUCAAAAAGCACAAGUACCUGGAUCCUACCGAGAGAAUUAAGACGGCAGAGAAACUGAACCUCUCUGAAACGCAGGUGAGAACCUGGUUUCAGAACCGGAGAAUGAAACUGAAGCGCGACGUGCAAGACUGGAGCACACAUCACUGUGCUCCCACUGUUCUGAUCCCGGCCGCUUUCCUGUCGUGGCCUCCUGCGUUUCAGCACCACGACGGCGCUGGACAGCGACUCCCUUUCAUUCCCGCAGCCCUGGCACAGGCACGCUACCAACACCCGAUGUAGCAGAUACCGACACAGCAAGCGCGGCAGCUAAUGCACUCAUCUGUUACUGAGUGAAACUCUUUGGGGUCUUUUAACAUCAAAGACAUUGGGAUGGGGGAAAUAUAGCCUUUUUGUUAUUUUUAUUCAAAUGUGCAUUUUUGAACAAUGAAAUGUACGUGUAUUGUCAAAUAUUGUAAAGAGAAGAUAAAUAUAUUUAUUUUUUCACAAAUUAAAAUAUUCGUUAUACUGUAUCCUUCAUAGCAUUUUGUGUGAACUUUGUUUUAAUCAAGUGUAG